AUGUCAAAAUAUAAAUACCGUCCUAGAGCCAGGACUCACGAUUCGGAACAGAGAUCGCCUACCUACAGUACCGAUUCCGACGAUGAGCCGCUAUCCGAUCCACCGAAAUUGAGUACCUUUGCUUCAGCUCUAUUUUCUGUUAAGGACUCUUCGAAUCAAUUGGACUUCUCUGAAAACUAUAAUAGUACAACUAAUGGACCUAUUAACAAAUAUGCCGGACUGAAAAAUGUGUCUGCUAAUGAAUCCCAUAAUAUAACUAACAAUGCCACUCAAUUUGAUGAUCACUCAUCUAUUUCCACCAUAUUUGCCCAUACAAAUCUUCCAAGACAACCUAGUAUAACAACAACCAAUAACAAUGUACCAGGUGAUGAUGAUAACGCUAGACUGGCUGAAAGUUACAAUGAAUUAGAGAUGGAGAGUAAUUUACAAAGGAUUAAAGUUUUACAACAAUCAAUGAAAGAGGAAUUAACAUCGAGAUAUGUUGAAAGGAGGAAUAGACGAUUCUUGACAAGUAGGCUUACCAGGCUGGGUCCAGCGAAGAGAGCCUCAUCUGCAGUAUCUGAGAAAGAUAUAUUGAGAAGUAUCGAUAAUAACACACAACACUUACUUCCUGAAUACCAUACUCCGCCAUUGUCAGUGCUAGAUCAAAAAGAAAUUUCAACGGUUCCUGAAUCCGCUGCUCGUGGCAACAUAGAUUACUCAUCCAUAGAUUUUGGAAGACUUAAGCCGUUUGAAUACCUCAAAAAAAAGAAAUUGCCGACUUCUGAGCUGCCGAGCAUUUCAAAAGCUUAUUUUCAGAAACAGAAAGAGGAAAGUUUGCAGAAUACAUUGAAAAAACGGCACCGGACCUUGAAUGAAGAUCCAAAAAUUGGCACAUUUAACGAUGAAGGGGGGAGCUCAGGAAAUAUAGUAAGUAAGGGAACGCCGAGAAUUCCAAAUCUACCUAGAAGAAAAUUUUCACAAGCCUCGGCGAGACCUUCUGCUCCUCAUAAUUUGCCUCCAACAGAUAAAUACGGACCUAUACAGUACUCUUCUAGAGAUGUCUUAACAAGUCUCGAUAUCAAUAACCAGUCCCCAUCAAAAGCUGACCAUAAAUUUGGAUAUGACAUACAGAUUGGUAAGCCAUAUACAGUCAAAACGCCUCUGAAUGAAAGUUACAAACGAUUGUCACCCAAGAAGAAAGUAGAAAUUAUUGAACCUUUCAUUUACGCACAGAAGAAAAAGACAGGUAAAAAGCUAAGUAUUACAGUAAACGGAAUAGACUACGAAAAAAUAGAACUUCUAGGUAGAGGUGGUUCCUCAAAGGUUUACAAAGUAAAAAAUGAUCAAAAUAAGAUAUUCGCGCUUAAAAGAGUUUCUUUCGAUGAAUUUGAUGACAGUAGUAUAGCCGGAUUUAAAGGGGAGAUUGAAUUACUUGAAAAGCUGUGUAAGGAACCUAGAGUCGUGAGAUUAUUUGAUUACCAAAUGAGUAGUGGCGUUUUGUAUUUAAUCAUGGAGUGCGGAGACAAUGACUUAUCACAGGUGCUGAAUCAAAGGAUGGGGUUUCCAUUAGAUAUGGACUUUUUAAGGUAUCAUGUCCGGGAGCUACUAAAAUGUGUCAAAGCUGUACAUGAUGCAGGUAUCGUUCAUUCUGAUUUGAAACCCGCAAAUUUCGUUUUCAUUAAAGGACUACUGAAAUUGAUUGAUUUUGGUAUUGCAAAUGUAAUUCCUGAUCACACGGUGAACGUAUACCGAGAAUCACAAAUUGGUACUCCAAAUUAUAUGGCUCCCGAAACUCUCAUUGCAACAAAUCACUCAAUUGAACAAUCUGAUUUAAAUAAAGAAAUGAGUAAAUGGAAAGUCGGCAAACCUUCGGAUGUGUGGUCUUGCGGCUGUAUAAUCUACCAGAUGAUAUAUGGUAGACCACCUUAUGCUGGUUUUCAAGGCCAGAAUAGAUUACUGGCUAUUAUGAACCCAGAAGUCAAGGUAAUCUUUUCAGAAAGAACCGCAAAAGAUGAAAAAAUACCGACAUCAUUAAUUGAUUUAAUGAAGGCCUGCUUACUUAGGGACCCAGCCAAAAGGUGGUCUAUUGAUAAACUCUUAUGUAGUCCUUUUUUCAAUCCAAUAAUUGUGACUCCAUUUUUCAUCAAGGAUUUAAUUAAGAACGCAGUCAAAUAUGGAACAGACCAAAAAACUGUUACAGACGCAAAAAUUGAAGAACUCUCUAACGAUGUGCUUGAGCGGCUAAACGAUUUUAAAAUGUAA